AUGAGAAAACAGAACCCCAUAAAUGAGCCUGACUUCAUCCUCCUGGGGCUGGCGGAUUCUGCAGAGACACAGCUGGGCCUCUUCCUGCUCUUCCUCCUCAUCUACCUGGUCACAGUGCUGGGGAACGCAGGGAUGAUCCUGCUCAUCCGCCUGGACCCCCAGCUGCACACGCCCAUGUACUUUUUCCUCACCCAUCUGUCCUUCCUCGACCUCAGCUACUCCAGUGUCAUCACCCCUAGAACCUUACAGGACUUAUUGUCUUCUACCAAAAGCAUCUCAUUCCUGGGCUGCUUCAUGCAGAUGUACUUUUUUAUCAUCUUGGGUGGCACAGAAUGCUUUCUCCUCUCCUGCAUGGCCUACGACCGCUAUGUGGCUAUCUGCAGCCCUCUGCACUAUUCGGUCAUUAUGUCCCCAAGACUGUGCUGGGCUCUGCUUGCGAGCUCCUAUACAAUUUGUUUCAUAGAAUCCAGUGUGAACACGGUUUGUAUGAGCAAACUGAAUUUCUGCAACUCCACGGUCAUCCGUCAUUUUUUCUGUGACACAACCCCAAUUUUAGCCCUGUCUUGCAGUGACACAUAUGAGGCUGAAUUCAUUAUAUUCAUUUUUGCUGGUUCUACCUUAAUAGUGUCCCUUGUCACUAUUUCUGGAUCCUACAUGUCCAUCCUCUCUACUAUCCUGAAAAUUAAUUCUAGUGCUGGAAGAAAAAAAGCCUUCUCCACCUGUGCCUCCCACCUCCUGGGUGUCUCCAUCUUUUACAGCACUAUGAUCUUUACUUAUCUCAAACCAAGGCAGUCCUACUCCCUGGGCAAGGACCAGGUGGCCUCUGUGUUUUACACCAUUGUGAUCCCCAUGCUGAACCCCCUCAUCUACAGCCUCAGGAACAGAGAGGUAAAGAAAGCUAUCUCUAGACUCAUUCAGGAGAGAGAGGGCUGCAAUCAGUUAAAAUAG